GCAAAAACAACAAAAAAAUAGCUUUACUUCAAUUGUUUUUAGGUUUAAACUAAAUGAAUGGGCUAUUUUGCUGACAUAACCACACAUUAAGAUCCCAAAAUGACACUCCAGUGUUUCAUACCUAACUGAGGUAAAGGUCAAAGGCCACCACACAAGGAACAGUUAAACGUACCCUCUGUGGCGAUGGAUAAGUUGCAGCAGAAGGCUGUGGAGCAACCUGAGCAGAAGAAAUCCAAGUCGGCUGAAUUUCUGAUGGAAAGAGUCUUGAUGGAGGGUGUUGUGAAUCCUGCGUUCCAGGAAGACUCAGAGGAAGAAAGCGAGAUGAGAAGUGGCGGGCACAAUACCACCCUCGCAGCUCAGCAGUGUGCGGGGCUGCAGGCCACAUUUACGGCACGAGGAAAUGAAGGUGCCCAAAAUUACUUUGACCCCUCGUCGACAGCAGAGGGUGACCCAAGGCGGUGCAGGAUGUCUGGGGUCGGAGGCAGAGAUGAGCUGGAAUUAAAAUUUAUGAAUGAAGAUGAGCGAAAUAUUUAUGAGAAACUUUCUGAAAUGUUUCAAGAAGACGCCUCCACUGUCAUAGAUUUGCCAGGUAUGGUAACGUCUGAGCAUGCAGAGUAUGCAGAACCAGCAGCUGAGAAUAGACGGAGGGAUCGACUGAGGGCUGACCUGUUGGAGAGGAGAGUGGAGGUCAUUCCUCAGUACAUGGAACAGCUUGAAGAGUGUGUUCAGAGAGACAUGAUCCCAGUUAGCACACUCACAUUAGAACAGGAAGAGCGUUCAGAGCGAGGGAAGACGGAGGAAAAGGUGUGGGCGAGGAAGCAGAGAGUAAUGUCGCUCUUAAGGGGAAAUUCAAAGAUUAGGCGCGCAGAUGAAGAAGAAGCUGUUCUGCAGGACAGACUCUAUGCUGUGUUCCAGCGGGCGGAAAAUCGCUUACUGAAUUCUCUGCGUCAACGCCAGGCUGAGGUCAUCAACCAAUAUGGUGAAAUUUUUGAAGAGAAAGAAAACACAGAGCCACUGGGCAUUGAAUCCGAUCUCCACUGGCAGGUGGAAUGGACUCGGACGCCGGAGCCCAUAGAGGUGCUUGUUUUCUGUUUGAGGUCCGUGAGAGAGAAGCUGCCCAGAGGUCUGUACUCACUGAGCGUGUCUCUUCAGACUCGACUGUGCGGCCGCACGCUGCACUGGUCCCGUCUGAAGGAGCAGCAGUGGGUUGGAAGAACAGAACCCGUGGAACAUCAGGGCCGAUACUUUGACAUAGAGCUCAACAUUAACCAGAGCCUCUACAUGGUCUUGCCCGCAUCAUGUGAUCUGUUGCCAUCCAGUGUGUUAGUGUUCAAGCUGUUAUCUCUGCCUGGUGAUCACAGUCAUGUGAGUUCUGUGGUGGGUUGGGGUGCAUUUCCUGUCUGCAACUGCUCCCUCCAUCUCUUCAAUGGCAAGUUCAAGACCCCUCUCUUGCGCGGCAGUCCGAACCCCUCGCUUCACCAGUUCCGCAGAAUUGAGCAUCUGCUUUCCACUGACCUGGACAACUGGCUAUGCAACCUCUACUUCCAGGUGAAGAGACUCCCGCGGGGCAGCACUGGGGUGCCGGAGCGCAGCUUCACCCUGCAGAUCCCUUCUCACCCCCAGCUGAGCUCCAGCCAGGGGCUUCAUCCCCAUCCGGACACCUCCACCCGCUCUUCUGCUUCUCUGCCAGGUAAGAGCCCCAGUGGAGCUGUGUCAACCUCUGAGCCAAGCAACCAGACAAACCGUCCCAUCGCUGAAAAACCCAAGGCCGAAAUCCAUGGCAAGAGCGGCAGGCAGAAGAAGAUAAUCGAGAGAAACAGUGAGGGGCUCAAACCUCUCCCUAAAGAUCAGCUAGACCAGUUCACCUUCUCUGUGAGGUCUCAGCAUCACAAGUCUGCCUCUGUGUGCUGUGGGACGGGUGAGAGAACACGUCUGGCAGUGCGUCUUCUCCCGUCACUGCUCGAUUUGUCCUGCCAUCCACGUCCUCAUCUGUCUCAGAUCAGCCUGACCAUUCUCCUGUUCGGCGUAAUGUGGUUUCCCCGUCUCUACCUUCAUUACUGCAGCCAGUGGCUCUUCCUGCAGACUCAACUUAUCCCCAUCAACAGAUUUGGGUUGGGUGCGCACACGGUGGAUCUGGUCUAUCAGGGUUCGCUGCUGUCUACCCUGGAGGAGGUUCUGCUGGUGCUGCUGGGCCCCCUGACCUUGAAUGCAGCUACGCUACUGCUGCUCCUGAUCAGAUGGGGCUGUCAGCUAGCGUUUGGCUCACCGCCCUCCUUCCUGUCAAAGUUUAUCAUGGCUGCGGCAGUGUGGACAGUGCUGGACCCUCUGGCGGUCUUUGCUGUGGAUGCCGUCCUGGGGCGUUUGUCCUACAGUGCAGAGGAACCAUUAGCAGAUGCUGCUAAGCUGUACUGGCAUUUCUUUCGGAUUGAACAGUCGGGCACAGCAGGCGUCAUCAUCACACUCUUCUUGUACAGUGUCCACUGCAUCAUCUCCUUCACCUUCCUUUAUGUUUACUUCCUCAGAUUUCACAAUGAUGGCAGACUAUUAGAUAUCUACCAGCGGCUCCACAGCACUGAGGGAGCAUUCUUCGUUCCACAUGAUAUGGAGGUCUCCAACCAGGAGCUCAAUUACAUUGUAAAGAAGGCAGAGCAAUGGAGAGGAUUCAAUGGAGAGAGACGUAAGGUGUCAGUGUAUGACUAUAUCUGGACGGAAGAGGAGCCUGUGGUAGGAUUGGCACCAUUGCCCAAUACCGAAUGUGAGACCAGCACCCAUUUAUCCAUCUACACACUGCACUUGAGCGGCCUGCGCCAACAUUACAGACACUUCCUGAGACAACCUGAUGGAGCCAUUAUAGAGGUGAUGCAGGAUUCUGACAUUAAGGAGUUUCGGAGAUCAGAGGUGCAUGAGGAUCAGGGGAAGAUGAAGAAUGGGAUGCAUCUUAGAGAGAGGAAGAGGAGAAAACCCGCAUGGCGAUCACACAGGGUUGAGCCUCUUGGAGAAAGUGCCUAUGACUCAAGCAAUGGGAUAAAAAAGCCCAGCCCAUAGCCACACAAUUAAAUAAAAUAAAAAUAUAUAAAAUAUAAUAAAAAAAUGUCUUUAGAAGCUACAGCAGUUUCAAAGUAAUGGAUAAAGCAUUUGUUGCAUUUGCAGCAUUUGUUUUCAGAUGCAACUUAGCUUUAUAUUUUAGGGCUUUUAAGUGUGACUUACGUGUCUAAAUACAUUUAUCUACAAAUGUAUAGCUGUAUACACCAAUACUGUAGCAAAACCAUGGUAGCAGAGCUCAUAAAGGACUUCGGUCAAACUUCGCUAUCACGGAUUUAAAUGAAAAUUCGAAUGCGGCUUUAACUACAUUAAUUAAAAGAAACAUAAAAUCAUGUUAUGACUGGUUUCCAGUUUUGAAAACCGAUACCAAAAUGUCAAAGAAAAGUAAGCAAGCCAGUUCAUCACUCAGGAAACAAUGUAAAGUAACAGUUCUAUGAAGACAUGAAUGUGGGUCGUUUGGUCUUCACUGCUGCUCCAACACCAUGAAAAAUCACGAUUCUAAAAGUCACUUAUCAAGACACAGUGAUAAAAUAUCAAUAUUGGGGCCACAUUAAGCAGGAUAAUAUUCUGUCUGCCUUGAUUUGUAUUGAGUAUGUGUCUGCUGCCCGGUGCUUGACGUAAUGAACUUGCCCACAAAUCAGGCCUUAAUGGGGCCCUACUUAUAUAUACUGCUUAAUUAAAGGUUGUGGGCUUAUUAACAUGUGUCAGCGGCGGCGGCCGGGCGAGAUUGAAUCUGUUCGUACAGUGCCAGGUUGUAAAGGUUUUAUAGAUAACCUAUCAUUAUUAAACCCCAUUGCUUAAUAUCAGAUCUUAAUAACCUGUCAUUUUCAUUGAUGAUGAUUUUCUUUAUGGGAGGCCAUUAUGGCCUGAAGUUGCGGCUGUUUGGGGAAAAGCUGUUUGGGACUCUCGGCACCUCAGCGCUUAUGACUCUCGUGUGCUCAUUGAACUUUCUGUCUUUUAUGCGACGAGAGAGCAUCAGUGAGUAGUGACCAGAGGGCUUUUAGCUCAGAACAGCCCAGCUGAGAUGAGCCUUCAUCUGUUUCUCUCUGUGUACAGUUCAAGAGAGCUUCUUCCCUGACCAGCAUCAGAAAAACACAUUCAGCCCAUCAAACGCGUUCAUAUCCAUAAUGCAUUUUUAGAGUUUAUUAGAGCUGAUAGUAGUAGAUGGCAUAUUUACA